AAAUAACGAUAAGAAACGCAAAGAAAAUAACAAGACAAAAUGAAGAAACAAUUUACAAAAAUUAAAAUAGCAGCUGAAAAUCUAUCAAGAUCAAAUAAACCGGAUCGUAAAGAUUGUGAAUUGGAAUUGAUAGAAAAACAAGUGGACAAAUAUCGUGAUGUACUCGAUAAAAUGGUUAAGAAAUUACCAGCCGGUUCGGCCGAUAUACAAGAUCGCGAUAAACGUAUUAAAAAACAAAGUCAUUAUAAAAUUGGUCAAGCCCUUGAGGAGUCAUCAAAAGAAUUAUCCACAGAUAUGCCACUGCAUCAUGUUCUGCUAAAUAGCGGCGAUCUUGAAAAGUCAUUGGCUGAAUGCAUUGUCGACAGCGAAUUGGAGACAGAAUGUAAAGUGGUGCGGCGUCUGAAAUUAAUUUUAGACAAGGAAAUACAAGAGAUCUCAACAAUGAAACGUAACGUGUCACGUACAUUGCAAGAAUAUGCUUCGUUAACCAGAAGCUAUGAGGCUGCCAAACGUUUGGAUGAACCUCAGGCGAAAAUCAACAACAUCAAAGAUCAACAGGAACAAGUUGAGGUGAAAUUGGAAAAGGAACGCGAUAUGUGGGCGGCACAAAUGUUCGAACUAAUUGCCAAAGAAGAUGUUAUAGUCCAUUGUAUACGCGACUAUGUACUGAACCAAAGAAACUAUCAUGAACGUGCCCUGCAACGAGUGAAUAGCUCGUUGGCCAAUAUUCAGGAUAUCAUCGAGUCAACGGUUAAAUCACGAUUUGGUACCUCACUCACCGAACACUUGGCUUCGACAAAUCGUGAAAUAUCCUAUAUCAUUGAGUUGUGUGUAUGCUGCCUCGUCGAGAAUGGCCUGCACGAAGAGGGUCUGCUGCGAGUCGGCUGUGCCAGUACAAAACUGCGUCGCAUGAAACACGCCCUCGAGGCGCAACAUGUCAAGACUCCCCUUUCGGUGGAUUAUCAAGAUCCACAUGUUAUUGGUUCUAUUCUCAAAUUAUAUUUACGUGAAUUACCCGAACCACUGUUGACCUAUAAAUAUUAUGAUGAUUUCAUAAAAACCGUGGAACGUCAUUCAGAACAGGACCGUAAGGCAGCCAUUAAGAACACACUGGAGAAGCUGCCCAAAGCCAAUUAUGAUAAUUUACGUUAUCUAACGAAAUUCCUAUGGUUGGUCACACAAAAUGUCGAGUACAAUAAAAUGAGUUCGCACAAUUUAGCCAUUGUAAUGUCACCGAAUAUGCUAUGGCCUCGUCGUGAUGAAAACAAUCCUGAUGAUUAUAUGGGCCAGGUGAAUAGUUCAUCGGCGGUGAAUAUUAUCAUUGAUUUAAUGAUAAAUCAUUGGGAUUAUUUCUUUGAGGGUGAUGUCGAUUUCUUUGUUACCCUCCAGCGGGGUAAACUGUAUAUGGAAGAUAAAAGUAAAUCGAAUUCUUCGAAUGAGAAUUUGGAUCGUCAUGAUAAUGACUCCAUGUUAUUCAAUCUCGAAACGUACCUUUAUGUAUAAAUGCUUUAAAUCGAACGCUAUGGUACGAUACGAAGACAAAAACCCUGUGCACCAUCACCACCAAUGAAACUGCAAAAUCUAAUGGUUAGUACAGAUCCCAAUGGUACUGGUAAUGAAACCAACAAAAACAAUGGAGAAUUGCAACAACAAAAUAAUCACCAAAGAGCUAAGGAAUUAUUCCCUGCCAAUAUGCCGGAUAGCGGUAGUGGUGGUGGUAAUCAACAAAAUAAUAUUUCACCCAAUAACAAUAAUGGUCAUACUACAACAACUGAGAAACCUGAGAUUCCUCCAUUACCCAAACAACUACUCCAACAGCAACAACAACAACCACAAGAUAAUGCAACAACAAAUGCAAAUAACACGGGACCACCACCGCCAUUAUCUGCCAAACCAGUACCCAUGACACGUACCCAAUUCUUUGGUUUAGAUACAUUGCCAUCUCCCACAGCUGAUCGCAAGAGCACCGACAGCGUCAGUUCGAUGACAUUCAAACCUGAUCUCCCACAAAAGCCAAAAAUACCCAAACGGCCCAUGGUCUUGGGUCUGACAUCGGUUAACACAACAACGACAUCGACAACAGGAACAUCUAAUCGGGGAAGCGAUGAUGAAUCCAACACCACGACAACACAAAUAAAUAAUGCCACAACAAAUGGUUCAUUCCGAGGCAAUAAAACAGCCGAACAAUUGGUGCAGGAACAUUGUGAUAAUGUAACAGCUUUACAGGCAAAUAUCGGUAGUAGUAAUACCUCCAUACCGUCAGCCAUAUUAAAGGAGGCCAAUCAUAAUAAUCAUAAUCAUUCGGCAACGCAUGAUGCUGUCAAUGCCAAUCAGCUACCGCCACCACCAUCUGUAGUCAAUAAAUUGACCACAUUUAGUUAUACCACACCCUCGACCCUUCAUACCACCACAACAACAACAGCAUCCCAAAAUGCCGCAACGAAUUCCAAUCAUUCGAUGGGGGAUAAUCAAAAAUCGGUGCUGGAGACAACGCGUUUAACGCCCACCACACCCGUAUCACCCAACAUGAUUAUGACUCCAAAAAGACCAACAGUGCCUGCACCACCACCGCCUGUUAUUGUUAAGAAACCUGUAGAAUAAGAAGUGUUUUUUCAU